CUGUUCCCAACGCGGAAGUAUGCGAGGCUGGCCGGGGAUCGAGGGUACAUAAAGUCAUUUUAAGGAGCAACACCGUGUUAAAGGACCAUGUCGAAUGAACACACACCCUUGCUUGCCCCUGGGGUGUGUGGCGUGACCGUUGGCAUGUCGACUUGUGGCAUGGGGGCAGAGGUACCCCAUGAAUCGGGUUCAGAGACCCGGGCUCCCAAUGAAGCACCCCGAAAACUGAACACAUUUUUUGGGGUGAUGGUGCCUACCAUCCUGUCCAUGUUCAGCAUCGUGCUCUUCCUGAGAACGGGGUUUGUUGUUGGUCAUGCAGGACUCUUGCAAGGCCUUCUGAUGUUAGUUGUGGCCUACACAAUUGUCUCUCUCACCAUACUGUCCAUCUGUGCCAUCUCCACCAAUGGCGCUAUACAGGGAGGAGGAGCCUAUUACAUGAUAAGCAGGUCACUGGGUCCGGAGUUUGGAGGGAGCAUUGGUCUAAUGUUCUUCUUGGCCAAGGUGUGCGCAUGUGGAGUGUAUGUGCUUGGACUUGUGGAGGCCAUACUUGACAUAUUUGGCGUGGAUCCUGAGGGAUGGCGGGUUCUCCCUCAGAGUUACUGGUAUACAGUAUUGUACGCCUCGGUGGUCCUACUGUUAUGCCUACUGGUGUGUCUGGUGGGGGCCCAUAUCUAUGCCAGCACAGCUUUCCUCAUCCUACUCGUGGUCAACAUUACUUUGCUGUCCAUUUUCAUCAGUCCCCUGGCCGUUAAGUCCCGCGACUUUAUCAUCACCCACCAGGGACCUGGCAAUCAGACCCACCAUUACAAUGUCAGCUACACAGGCUUCAGCGCCACCACACUGAGAAACAAUCUGGGAUCUGGGUACUCUCUAGACUACAGCACGAACACGGUCAUGUCGUUUGCCACUGUGUUUGCCGUCAUGUUCACCAGCUGCACUGGGAUCAUGGCGGGGGCCAACAUGUCAGGGGAGCUGAGGACCCCUAGUAUUUCCAUUCCUAAAGGCACCAUCAUAGCAGUGUGUUACACCUUCACAGUCUAUAUCCUCCUCUUCUUCCUGGUCAGCUUCACCUGUGACAGGGCCCUUUUGAUUCAGGAUUAUGGGUUCUUCCAGCGCAUUAACAUCUGGCCGCCGUUUGUCACUAUCGGGAUAUACUGUGCCUCUCUGUCAGCUGCCAUGAGCUCGAUGAUUGGGGCGUCGCGUAUCCUCCACGCUCUGGCACUGGAUCAACUCUUCGGUUUUCUGUUGACACCUGCUACAGUCAAGUCGAACUCUGGUAAUCCGUGGGUGGCGGUGCUGUACACAUGGGGUUUGGCACAGUGUGUGGUGUUUGCUGGCCAGCUCAACGCGAUAGCUGGGCUGGUGACCGUUUUCUACCUGCUUGCCUACGCUGCUGUUGAUCUGGCCUGUCUAGCUCUUGAGUGGGCGUCAGCACCAAACUUCAGACCCACCUUCCAGGUCUUCUCCUGGCACACGUGUCUGCUGGGGAUCGUGAGCUGUCUGGUGAUGAUGUUUGUCAUCAACCCGGUGUACUCCUCAGCCAGCAUCAUCUUCCUCUUGCUGUUGCUUCUUUUCCUCCACUACAGAGCACCCACCAGCAGCUGGGGCUACAUCAGCCAGGCCCUCAUCUUCCAUCAGGUGCGUAAGUACCUGCUGAUGCUGGACGUGAGGAAAGACCACGUGAAGUUCUGGAGGCCGCAGGUGUUGCUGAUGGUGGCCAACCCUCGCUCCUCCUGUCAGCUCAUCCUCUUUGUCAACCAGCUGAAGAAAGGAGGGCUGUUUGUGUUGGGCCACGUGCAGCUGGGGGAUCUGGACACGCUGCCGUCGGACCCAGUUCAACAGCAGUACAACUUCUGGCUGAGUCUCGUCGAUAAGCUGGGGGUAAAGGCCUUCGUAGACCUGACCCUGUCCCCUUCAGUCAGGCAGGGAACGCAGCACCUCCUGCGGAUCACUGGCCUAGGUGGGAUGAAGCCCAACACCCUGGUCCUGGGUUUCUACGACAGCUGUACUCCUGAGGACUAUUUCUUACAAGAUUCUGCAUUCUUUGAGUCAUCAAUGGGGAACAGUAAUGACGGGGAAUACAGUUUUGGGAUCGACCUGCCUUCACUGCAAGCUCAUUUCCCCCCAGUGCGAUAUGUGGAAAGCCAUCGCUGGCUCACGCCAGAGGAGUAUGUGGGAAUAAUCUCUGAUGCAGUUAAGAUGUGCAAGAAUGUGUGCCUGGGCCGCUACUUCUUCCAGUUAGAGGGGGAGGAAAAGCAUAGCAACACCGAUGGAUCAGAGCGGACCAUUGACGUGUGGCCAUUCAACCUGUUGCAGCCAGCCAGCCGGGACUAUGUGGACGUAUGUAGCCUUUUCCUUCUGCAGAUGGCGUGCGUGCUUAACAUGUCCAGCAGAUGGCGCAACGCAAAAAUGAGAAUCUUCCUGAAUGUGGAGACCGAGUCCAAUGACCAGGGCUGGGUGGUUGACGAGGAGACCUUUCGUGAGCUGCUAAGGAAGCUGAGGAUCAGGGCUUCGAUAGAGGUAGUGCCAUGGGAUUCUGUGGUGCAGUAUCAUACGCGUGGACUGAAUCAGCCGCAGGAAGAAGAGGGCCCGGCGAAGCCAACCCAGGCUCUGUCUAAGGAGUUCCUGUCGGCAGUGAACUGCCUGCUGAUGGAGCACAGCUCCCAGGCCGCUGUCCGUUUCCUUUAUUUACCUCGGCCUCCGGCUCAUUCCAGCCAGUCGCAGCAGUAUUUGGAGCAGCUGGAAAUGGUGACGCAGGAUUUAGGCCCCACGCUCUUGAUUCACGGCAUCACCCCGGUGACGUGCACUGAUCUGUGA